AUGCUUUCCCUGUCAAGAUCGGAUGAGUUGGUUUUCUUUGUGAAUGGGAGGAAGGUGAUAGAGAGAAAUGCGGACCCAGAAGUCACUCUGCUGACCUUCCUACGAAAGACAGUAGGCCUCCCAGGAACCAAGGACGCCUGUGGAGUAGGAGGCUGUGGCGCCUGCACCGUGAUGGUGUCUAAGUGUGACCCUGUGUCCAAGAAGAUAAGACACGUCUCCGUCACCGCGUGCCUGGUUCCCAUCUGCUCCCUGUACGGAGCUGCUGUCACCACUGUGGAAGGUGUGGGAAGCAUCGGAACCAAGCUUCACCCCGUGCAGGAGAGGAUCGCCAAGAGCCACGGCACGCAGUGCGGGUUCUGCACUCCGGGGAUGGUGAUGUCCAUGUACACGCUGCUCAGGAACCACCCACAGCCCUCAGAGGCGCAGCUCAUGGAAGCCCUGGGGGGUAAUCUAUGCCGCUGCACUGGGUAUCGGCCAAUUCUCGAGAGUGGAAAGACCUUCUGCAUGGAGUCGAAUGGCUGUCAACAGAAAGGAACAGGACAGUGCUGCUUGGAUCAGGGAGGAAGUGACUCGUCCUCCCACGGCAGGAACAGUGACAUUUCCACAGAGUUAUUUGCGAAAGACGAGUUCCAGCCCAUGGACCCUACCCAGGAGCUCAUAUUUCCCCCAGAACUCUUGAGAAUGGCAGAGAACCCGGAAAAAAGAACCCUGACCUUUCAUGGAGAAAGGGUUACCUGGAUCUCCCCUGGGACCCUCAAGGAUCUCCUGGAGCUGAAAGCGAAACACCCCGAAGCCCCUCUGGUCUUGGGCAACACGUCACUGGGGCCUGCAGUGAAAUCUCAGGGACAUUUUCACCCAAUUCUCCUCUCUCCUGCCAGGAUUUCAGAGCUGAGUGUGGUGUCUAAAACAAGCGAGGGACUGACAAUAGGUGCUGGCUGCAGUCUGGCCCAGGUGAAGGACAUCUUGGCUGAGAGGGUUUCCAAGCUCCCAGAGGAGACAUCUCAGACAUACCAAGCCCUUCUGAAGCACCUGGAGAGUCUGGCAGGCCAGCAGAUCCGGAAUAUGGCAUCCUUAGGGGGACAUGUCAUAAGUCGGCAUUGCUAUUCAGAUCUGAAUCCAAUUCUGGCUGUGGGCAACACUACCCUCAAUCUGAUAUCAGAAGAAGGUAGGCGGCAGAUUCCUCUAAACGAACAUUUUCUUGCUGGGUUGGCAAGUGCGGACCUUAAGCCGGAGGAAAUUUUGGAAUCUGUGUACAUCCCUCACUCUCAAAAGUGGGAAUUUGUGUCAGCCUUCCGACAGGCUCCGUGCCAGCAAAACGCCUUGGCUGAUGUGAACGCCGGCAUGCGAGUCCUCCUCAAGGAAGGCACAGAUGCCGUCCAGGACCUGAGCAUCGCCUACGGAGGGCUCGGGGCAGCCACCAUCAUUGCCCACAACUCCUGCCGGCAGCUCCGAGGGAGGCGCUGGAACGAGCUGACACUGGAUGAGGCUUGCAGGCUGCUUCUGGACGAAGUCUCCCUCCCAGGCUCAGCUCCGGGGGGGAGGGUGGAGUUCAAGAGGACUCUGGUGGUCAGCUUCUUCUUCAAGUUCUACCUGGAAGUUCUGCAGAAACUGAAGAUGCUGGACUGCCUUCGAUAUGCUGAAGUUUCAGACCUAUUCCUAAGUGCUAUAGAGGAUUUCUCGGUCACAGUACCCCAGGGAGUCCAAAUGUACCAGAGUGUGGAUUCUCACCAACCCCUUCAAGAUCCUGUGGGACGCCCCAUUGUGCACAUAUCAGGUCUUAAACAUGCCACAGGGGAAGCCACAUUUUGUGAUGACAUCCCCAGGGUGGAUAAAGAACUUUUCAUGGCUUUGGUGACCAGUACCAGGGCCCAUGCAAAAAUCAUAUCAAUUGAUUUGUUCAAGGCCCUUGCACUACCUGGGGUGGUUGAUGUGAUAACAGCUGAAGACAUUCCAGGCACCAAUGGUACUAAAGACGACAAAUUGUUGGCUGUAGAUGAGGUACUUUGCGUGGGCCAGGUCAUCUGUGCUGUGGUUGCAGAGACAGACGUACAGGCGAAGCGUGCAGUUGAAGAGAUAAAGAUCACCUAUGAAGAUCUGGAGCCCGCAAUCUUCACCAUCCAGGAUGCCAUAAAACACAGCUCAUUCUUAUGCCCUGAAAAAAAGCUUGAACAAGGAAACGUUGAGGAGGCAUUUGAAAAAGUCGAUCAAAUUGUUCAAGGAGAGGUCCACGUUGGAGGACAGGAACACUUUUACAUGGAAACACAAAGAGUGCUUGUCGUUCCAAAGACAGAGGACCGAGAACUGGACAUCUAUGUGUCGACACAGGACCCAGCCCAUGUGCAGAAAACGGUGUCUUCUGCUUUAAACAUCCCAAUCAACAGGAUCACCUGUCAUGUAAAACGAGUAGGUGGAGGUUUUGGUGGGAAAGUAGUAAAACCAGCUAUAUUUGGAGCUAUUGCAGCUGUGGGAGCCGUCAAAACUGGUCACCCUAUUCGUCUUGUUCUUGAUCGGGAAGAUGACAUGUUAAUAACUGGGGGAAGACACCCAUUAUUUGGAAAAUAUAAAGUGGGAUUCAUGAACAACGGGCGAAUCAAAGCUCUAGACAUUGAGUGCUUCAUAAACGGAGGCUGCGCCCUAGACGACUCUGAGCAGGUAAUAGAAUUUCUUAUACUAAAGCUGGAAAAUGCAUAUAAAAUCCGAAACCUCAGGUUCCGGGGCCGUGCAUGUAUGACCAAUUUACCAUCCAAUACGGCCUUUCGAGGAUUUGGCUUCCCACAAGGAACCCUAGUAACAGAAUCCUGCAUCACAGCUGUGGCAGCUAAAUGUGGACUUCUGCCAGAAAAGGUUAGGAAGAAAAACAUGUACAAAACUGUUGAUAAAACCAUCUACAAACAGGCGUUCAGCCCUGAGACCCUGAUAAGAUGUUGGGACGAAUGUCUGGACAAGUCUUCCUUUCACAGCAGAAGAAAGCAAGUGGAAGAGUUUAACAAGAAGAAUUACUGGAAGAAGAAGGGCAUUGCUAUUAUCCCCAUGAAGUUUUCAGUGGGCUUUGCUGCAACAAGCUAUCAUCAGGCAGCUGCACUUGUUCAUAUCUACACAGAUGGGUCUGUAUUGGUCACACAUGGAGGCAAUGAACUGGGCCAAGGUAUUCACACCAAAAUGCUACAGGUGGCCAGCCGUGAAUUAAAACUACCCAUGUCUUACAUGCACAUCUGUGAAACAAGCACAGCCCUGGUCCCUAAUACCAUCGCCACAGCAGCUUCCAUCGGGUCAGACGUCAACGGCAGAGCCGUGCAGAAUGCUUGUCAGAUCCUUCUGAAACGCCUUGAGCCCAUCAUUAAGAAAAAUCCAGAAGGUUCAUGGGAAGACUGGAUUGAAGCUGCUUUUGAACAAAGAAUCAGUCUUUCAGCCACGGGAUACUUCAGGGGCUACAAGGCCUUCAUGGACUGGGAAAAAGGGGAGGGAGACCCGUUUCCUUACUAUGUCUACGGAGCAGCCUGUUCUGAGGUUGAAAUCGACUGCCUGACAGGAGCUCACAAGAAAAUCAGAACAGACAUCAUCAUGGAUGCAUGUUGCAGCCUAAAUCCAGCCAUUGAUAUUGGGCAGAUUGAAGGUUCGUUUAUUCAGGGAAUGGGCUUUUAUACCACUGAAGAGCUGAAAUAUUCCCCAGAAGGUGUCCUAUACUCUCGAGGCCCAGAUGAGUACAAAAUUCCAACCAUCACAGAUAUCCCAGAGGAAUUCAAUGUCUCCCUGUUGCCAUCAUCACAAACCCCACUGACCAUCUAUUCCUCCAAGGGCCUGGGGGAGUCAGGAAUGUUCCUGGGGUCAUCUGUAUUCUUUGCUAUCACUGAUGCUGUGGCUGCAGCACGCAGAGAAAGAGACAUAGCUGAAGACUUCACAGUGAAGAGCCCAGCAACUCCAGAAUGGGUUCGAAUGGCCUGUGCAGAUCGGUUCACAGAGAUGAUCCCAAGAGAUGACCCUAAUACAGUUAAACCUUGGUCUAUCCCUAUAGCAUAA